UCUGCCACCUCAGAAUUAGGCGCUUCAUGAAGACAAAAACAGAAUCCAGAGAUUCAUCCUCAACUUCCUGUGAAGCUGUUACCAUGGCGACGAGUAAAUAUGACAACAUCAUCUCGGAAAGUAAUCUGAUCCAGUCCGGAUCUCCCCGACGCUACCAGUUACCAACAAAGAAAGAGUUGAUUGGAACUGUGAGAAGAACGACACUUGGUGAAAGAAAUGUGGACAAGAAAGACAAAACCAUCUUGCUUGUGGGUGAAACAGGAGCAGGAAAAUCUAAUCUGAUCAACGCUCUGGUCAACUACGCCAUGGGAGUGAAGUGGGAGGACGAUCUCUGGUUCGAGGUCAUAGAGGACGAGCGGAGUCAGACAUCAGAUGUGAUUGUGUACCAGAUCUUUGGUUUUGAAGGUGAAACUCUGCCCUACUCUCUGACCGUCAUCGACACUCCUGGGUACUGGAGCACCAUGGAGACCGAGCGAGACGACAUCGUCAGACAAAGAUUAUUUGACUUGUUCAACUCAGAUGACGGAGUCCAUGAGAUCAGUGCUGUGGGUCUGGUGCUGAAAGCGACUGAGAAUCGACUCAGUGACCGACUGAUUGAUUCAGUGACAUCUCUGUUUGGAAAAGAUAUGGGGAAGAACAUUGUUGCCCUCAUCACUCACUCAGACGGAAGAAAACCUAAAAAUGUUCUGAAAGCCCUCAAGGAUGCGAACAUGAAGUGCGCCAAAGAUGAAACGAAUCAGCCUGUUCACUUCCUGUUCGAUAACUGUCAGAGUGAAGAUAGGACAGAGGACACAAACAUCCUUAAACAUGCAUACAGAAUAACGACAGAAAACAUGAGGCAGUUCGCAGCCUUUCGGGCCAAAACUGAACUUAAAACGCUGGAGACAACCGUGGUCGUUAUUAACGAGCGACUCAAACUGACGACCUGCAUCCAAAAACUUCAAGAAAGAAUUGAUUCAAUUGAAGUAAAACAGAAGGAAAUCCAACACACUGAGGAAAUGCUGCAGAAACAUCAACAAGACAUGAGGAGCAAUAAGAAUUUUGCUGAAGAAGUUGAUCAGGUUUACAAAGCUGCAGAACCUAUCGAUGGUGAAAGGAGUUGGUGGGGCUGUGGGUUGUUAUAUAAAGAAGCCGUCUCUUGUCCCGUCUGUGAGAUGACCUGUCAGAGUCCCAGAUACAAAAUGACCCAAAGUCCACAACGCUCUACGGUCAGUACAGAUGUUUGCUGCACCGUAUGUCCGAAGCAGUGUCCGGUAUCAAAACAUAUGUAUGACCGCACCUAUGUGGAGAAGACAAGGAAAGUUGAAAUGAUCGAUGAAGACAUGAGACAAAAGUAUAUAAAGAGUAAUAAAGACUGUGAGAUUAUGACAAGCAAUCUGGGUGAACUACAGAAAGAAAUGGAAGAACUUCAGGAAGAUAAAGAUGAGUUGUUGGAAGAGUCCUUCCAGCAUGUUGUCAAACUGGAGCAGAUCGCCCUGAAUGUUGAUUCACUGUCCACUCUUGUCCACUUGGACUUCCUGAUUGAGAAGAUGAAUGAGAAAAGAGACACAGAGAAGGUCCAGAAACUGGAAGAGAUGAAAAGACGAGUGCAUACAGGAACCAGAGCAAACUACCAACUAACAGCAGCUGGUUCUCAAAUGAAGAAUAAAUACACAUUAAAACAAUAUGACAUCAUCUCUAAAAGUAAUCUGAUCCAGUCCGGAUCUCCCAGACGCUACCAGUUACCAACAAAGAAAGAAUAUAUUGGAACUGUGAGAAGAACGACCCUUGGUGAAAGAAAUGUGAACAAGAAAAAUAAAACCAUCUUGCUAGUGGGUGAAACGGAAGAAGGAAAAUCUACUCUGAUCAACGCUCUGGUCAACUACACCCUGGGAGUGGACUGGAAGGACGAUGUCUGGUUCGAGAUCGUAGAGGACGAGCAGAGAAGUCAGGAAUCAGAUGUGAUCGUGUACCAGAUCUUUGGUUUUGAAGGUGAAACUCUGCCCUACUCUCUGACUGUCAUCGACACUCCUGGGUACUGGAGCACCACGGGGACCGAGCGAGACGACAUCGUCAGACAAAGAUUAUUUGACUUGUUCAACGCAGAUGACGGAGUCCAAGAGAUCAAUGCUGUGGGUCUGGUGCUGAAAGCGACUGAGAAUCGACUGAGUGACCGACUGAUGUACGUCUUUGAUUCAGUGACGUCUCUGUUUGGAAAAGAUGUGGAAAAGAACGUAGUCGCCUUCAUCACUCACUCAGAUGGAAGAACACCCGAAAAUGCUCUGAAAGCACUCAAGGAGGCGAACAUUAAGAACAUUACGAAUCAGCCUGUUCACUUCUUGUUGAAUAACUGUCAGAGUGAAGACAGGACAGAGAACACGGUUCCUCUUAAAUUUGCAGUUAAAAUAAAGAAAGAAAUGCGGGAGUUUAAAGCCUUCCUGGAAAUAACUGCACCUCUAAAGCGGGAGACAGUUAUUAGGGAAGAGCAAAGUCGACUGACGGGCCUCAUCCAAGACCUGCAGAAGAGGAUUGAAGAGAUUGAACAUGAACAGGGGAAGAUCCUGCUGAACGACAACAAUAAAAAAAGAGGUUGGCGUGCCACCUACUGUAAAAACUGUAAGAAGACCUGUCACUAUCCGUGCAAAGUGUCUUCAGAUCUAGGAAAAUGUGAGGUCAUGAAAGAUGGAUGCUGCACUCAGUGUGGGUGUGCUGUAUCCGAUCAUAUGAAAGAGGAAGCUCGGCAGACUUCACGAGACGGGGAAAGUGAGAGCCAGUUGAAAGAACUUCAGAAAGAAAAAGAUCAGUUGUUGGAAGAGUCAUUUCAGCUUGUUGUCAGACUGGAUCAGAUCUCCCUCAAGGUUAAUUCAAUGUCCACUUACGUCUACUUGGACUUCCUGAUUGAGAAGAUGGAGGAGAAAAAAGAUGACGAGAAGGUCAACAGACUGAAGAAGAUGAAAAGUCUAGUGGAUCAAAAAACCAAAGACGGAUUGCAGAUCAUGUUAGAUAAACUAAAAACAGCCGUGAAGCAGUAAUGAAGCAGGCAAAACCAUCAACAUAUAUAAAGAUGAUUCGGCGUAUUGGCGGGACAUCAAUACAGCGGCACCAGCCCCGAUCACGACUGCACAGACUCUUUCGAGGUCUUUAUCAAUUCAAUUCCAUAGAAUACCAAUACAAUAGCUUCAUUUUUGUACAGAGGUAAGAAGUGGAGACGCAGCAUCCAUCUUUCAUAUGUCGAUGGGUGAAACUCAUCAUUCUGACUUUAAACAUCAAAUGUGUUUGCAACCUGUAGUAUUUAAUGGUUGCUGCAUCGGUGCCAUUUGACCAACCCUAUAUCACUCUCACGCCCACCGUCAAAGUCAUGUGACGUAGUAAAACUAAUAACUGACAGUAGUCAAUGUCAGACAACCUUGUCAGACUUUAGCAGUUAACUAGUGUUUCUGUAGUUGAGACAAAACAUUACAAAUGAUCCAUAUUAGCAGUUUGAAUUAAACUAAAAGUUCCCUGCACCAAAUUACCUGUAAGAAACACCAAAACACCUGGUUUUUGUAAUCGUGGUAGGGGAUGCGAUAAACCUGAUCUCCCCAGGUAGAUACAAGCCGGUUUCUUGUGUUCAGGUAAGCAGGUUUUUAAUCAAGUUUUUACAUGUGCUUCGCAAUAGACUUCCAACAGGUAACAGCAUUUUUAAUGGUCUUAAUAACUUACUGUUUCUGAGGGUCGAUGUAUUACAUCUAUCUAUGGCCUCAUCGAUUACUGCACAAACUUUAUAACUGUAUUCAGUGAUUUUGGUGAAACUGGAUCAGAUUUUAUGGAGAAAACAUUUUCCCUCUGACAUCCUCCGGCUGCUCUGCUUCAAUUCUUACUGCUACUAGCUAAAGUAGCGAACCACUAAUUAACUGCUACUAUCUAUAUCUGCCAUUAGCGGUGGACAGCACCAGGAUUGAACACCAAGACCGACAGGGAACAACGUUACAGUACGGAGGUCAGUUUCCUGAUGGAAAGAUUGAUUAGUAGCCAACUGCUGUUCGGUUGUUUAGCCGUGUAGCGAACCUAACUGACUCAGUCCCGGGAUGCCAGGAGCCAAACCAAUUCAGUACUUUUAUUGGUCAUGUGGAAGUGUCUUAAACCUGCAUUCUUUCUAAUGGCCAGCAGGGGGCAGCUACAUGGGCUGCAAAACAGAUAGUACUGAGUCUUUAUGUGAAAGUCUGAAAUUGAAGGUGGGGUGAAGAUCCUCCAUGAUCUCUCUCCAACAACCCGUGUGUCGGUGUCAGUGUAGUCAGUCCCUCCAGAAAAACGCGGAGUUUUUUUGCGAUUGUUGCGGGCCAAAAUCCUUGAUUGUGCAGCAAAUCUUCUUAAGAAACGCGAUGGAAUAUGCGGCAAUUUAUGCAAUUUUAUGCGAUGAAAUUGCGGGAACUUGCAAAAAUUGCGGCUUCAUCGCGGGGUUUGCAGCUUUUCGAUGACGUUCACGUUGCGUAAUUACGUCACUUCAUAACGUUCCCAUGGCAACGGGGGUAAAUGGCUGCUCUUGUGUGAAGUAAACGCAACAUUUUUCAACUUACUGCUCAGAUAUUUGUGACGUCUUUGCAACAAAAAUGCGGGGAUUAUGAAAUCAUGUAAGCCCCGCAUAUUUUGUGCCGAAAUCAGCAAUUUAUGCGGCGAAAGUGCGGCGUAUUUGAAAAGAUGCGGCCCCCGCACAAAUAUGCGGACUUUGGCUGAUUAUGCAUUGAAUUAUGGGAUCGCAUAAUCACGUUUUUCUGGAGGGACUGUGUAGUAUCUCUGUGGGCAGUCCCGUAAACACCUGGGGGGAAGAUGCUGCUUAUAGUGAAACCGGUCGAACUGAACUUUCUGAUAUUUGAAAAACAGCCAAUCACUGUUGACCUCUGCCUGAACCGAACCGGACGAGAGACCAAUGAGUUUACAGAAAACACACAAUAACAAACUGACCUUAGAUCAGAACAGACUAAAAGAGGCUCACCUGGUGAAAUAAAGACAAUCAGAUGCAGCUUAUGACUGAAACUGCAAACAACAUUAGAUCUCAGUUGUAUUGUACCCCAACUGAACAAUGUGGACCAAAAAAAUUACAAAAACUCAACUUUCUUUGUAUUUUUAUACCAAAAUCUGAUUUACUCACUUACCUCAACUCCGCUAACUGCUAAUGUAGCUCCCGUUAGCUAACUGCUAAUGUCUUCUUGGAUCUGUAAUAUUCUUUAAACUGCACACAGUAAUUAUUUAAUGCUAUAUUGCAGCCUAUUUACUCUAAAGCAAACGAUGAGGCAAGUCUAAAUGUUUUUAUUUACUGUAUCUGCUAGUUAGUAGUUAGUUAGUGUUUUGCUGUGUAGCAAUUGAUGUAGAUUAUCGAGGUAGUUAUGUAGCAUUUUACUGACAUUAGCUUCCAGCAGUUGCACAAAGAGCUCAGAGCAAAAAGGCUCCUGUUUGAUGACUUAUGUUGUUGUAGUGCUCGUGGUCUGCGUUGGUUUGGGUCGGGUUUAUAUUCGGGACUCUAACUGUACUGAGUUUAUGCACUUUCUCUCCCUCUCUCUCUCUCUCUUUCUCUCUCUCGCUCUCUCUCUCUCUCUCUCUCUCUCUCUCUCUCUCGCUCUCUCUCUCUCUCUCUUUCUCUCUCUCUCUCUCUCUCUCUCUCUCUCUCUCUCUCUCUUCUCUCUCUCUCUUUCUCUCUCUCUCUCUCUCUCUCUCUCUCUCUCUCUCUCUCUCUCUCUCUCUCUCUCUCUCUCUCUCGGAGCGAGGGAUGUUGGAAGUGUGAAUUAGUUUUACUUUAAUUAAAACCUCCUCUUGCACACAAACAGUGUUUACAAAGGUUAAAACAUGUUUACAGAUAAAAUAACUGUUGAUUUAUGAAUUGAAUGAAUGAAGGCAAUGUAAAUAAAUUAAUGUAUAUAACAAA